AUGGGAGAGCAUGAGUCUUCCAGUUCCCGGGAUUCUUCAUCUUACGAAAAAAUCCCUCGCAAUGACCAUGAAUAUCCACUAGAGGUCCUAGGCUCCGACAACGACCCUGAAGAUGAGUUUUCGCCGGUAGCUCGCGGGAGCGCCGAGUCGGCUCGAGCCGGCCAGGAACAGAGCACGACCGAACCACUCUUGCCCAUCCAUCAUCAAUCCAAAGCAUCGAAAAAAUGCUCGUUUUCAUUAUCUGGGAUUUGGGCUUGGGUCAAGGGCCCAGCUCAGCCCCGGAAAUAUCACAUCACGCCUCUGCUUCCUCGCUGGCAGGCGGCUCCAGCUCGUCUAAUUGAACGAUACUUCCGCAGUACCGUGGCCAAGGGCGUGCUUCUUCUAUCAUGUUUGAUUCUCUGGGGUGCCGUAUUUGUCGCUUCGCUGAACUCCACGAUUGCUGGCUCUGAGAUAUCUGGAUAUGGAAACCCCAUUAAGCUUUCCUGCCACAGCCGACUCUGGUCCAAUGCCACGGACUGCGGCCUCAAUGGAGACGAUUGUCGCCCCUUUGAUGAUGGCGCAUUCGCUUUUCGAUGCCCUGCUGGCUGCUCAGCCGCUAUGGUUCUUGAACCAUACAUCAUCGGGCCCCAAGAAAUCAAUUACCGAAGUCUUGUCAUCGGCGGCGGGGACGGUGACGACUACGGCGUCUAUCGAGGGGACUCUGCUAUCUGCCAGGCAGCAUUGCAUGCCGGGCUCACCACCGAUGCCCAUGGGGGCUGCGGUAUUCUCCGUCGAACAGGCGAACAAAGAAAUUUUCCGUCUGUAGAGAAAAAUGGGAUCGCAAGCGUUGCGUUUCCAUCGAAUUUCCCUUUGUCAUUCACAUUUGGUGGCGAUGAGUCCUCUGCGAAUGGUGGGUUCACCUGCCAGGAUAUCCGUUGGCCACUGUUCGGCUUCUCUGUGGCUGUCUCGACAAUACUCUCGCUCUCUAUUGCCUCUCCUGCAGCAUUCUACGCCUCAAUGUUCUUCAUCGUCUACUUCCAAGUGGCACUCUCGUCCGAUCCCCCGUAUUCUCCAGACUACUACGAGAUCGUCUCCAUUGCUCUCGGCCGGUUCUUGCCCUGCGCAUUUGUCGGAUUCGCGCUCUACUACUUCUGUGUUCGUCAUACCCUGAAAGACCUCCACGCCCACUGGGACAAGACCAUCCUCUGGCUCGGCCCCUGCUGGGUCGGGGCCCUCAACAACGACACCUUCGACAGGAUCCCGAUCUCCCGACUCACCCCGCACGACAUCCAGCAGCAACCGGGGGCUCUUCCAGCCCUGAUCAUCAUCGUCGCUCUUCUGUGCGUUAUCUUGUUCACGCAAGCCAUCGGCUUUCGCAACGAGGGCCGUCUCCCCGCUAUGCUUGCCAUCUACGGCGUCCUGCUCGCGAUCGUACUAGUCCUCCUGGCCGUCCCACACAUGAACCUCCGAAUCCACCACUACAUCCUCAGUUUGCUCUUCCUUCCCGGCACAACACUACAGACGCGACCGAGUCUGCUCUACUCCGGCCUGCUCGUCGGCCUCUUCAUUAACGGAAUCGCGCGCUGGGGGUUCGAUAGUAUCCUGCAGACACCCGGCGCGCUUCUCAACGGUGCCCAGCUGGGUAGCGCGCUGCCGCACAUCGCAGCCCCAUUACUCAUCUCCGCGACGAACAUCAUCUUCGCGUUCCCGGAUCUCGACAAGGAUGCGGACGGGAUCAGCGUGCUUGUUAAUGAUGUGGAGCGGUUCCAGGCCUUCAAACCGCGCGAGGGCGCUGUUGAAUCGUUCAAUUGGACCCGGUGGAGGGCGGAAGAACCAGAGUAUUUCCGUUUCGGGUUUAUUAAGGUGAAUGCGCUGGGCGGGAUCUGGUAUGAGGACUUUACGAAGCCGGUAGUAUGGGACGCGGAUGGGAGAUGGAAUCAGUCGGACAGUGGUUCUUGA